UUCCGUCUGUUGCGUGUUGAGGGUGGUUGAUAAAUUUCUUAUUGUUAUGAAGUGUUAAGUUUUGAAAUUUUAUCACCUGUUUUAACUGAUGCUGAAAAUUUUAAAUAAGCUAUCUAUAUAUAUAUAUAAAAAAAAUGGCUGAAGAUCUGACAUUAUCUGAUCAUCACAGUGAGAUGAUUGGUAGUUACCUUAAAUUUGCAAAAUUUCGAAGAGGUAAACAUGUACGAACUAUUGAGCAAACAUUUGAUGAUAUGAAGCAAUCAAGAUUGAUUGAGGGGACUUUUACUGCAGAUGAAGUCAGAGACAUGUUAGAUGAACUCUGUGCACUUUUAAAAGGAGAUUUAGAAAUAGAACUCAUAAAUACAGCUCAUACUGCAGCAUUACUCUUAUUUCAAAUGUGUGUGCAAGCUCAACAAUGGCAUCUGAAGCUUAAUGCUGAUGUUUCAGAAUUAGAGAACAGAGAUCUGCUGGAGAAAGUAAACAAAUUUGAAGAAAGAAUUGUUAGUAAUUCUCUUGAAAAAGGUUUAAAUGGCUCACCCUUAAAACUAAAUAAACUACAACCUUUGGCAGAUAAUGUUGGUGCAACUCAGCUUCUUCAAGCAGAAAUAGAUCGAUUAAAUGAAGAAAAUAGAAGAUUAUCUGAGAAACUUAAAGAUGUUGAAAAAAGGGCGCUUGAAAUAUUGGAAAGUAAAUCUUUACUUGCUGAAGUUUUAGCUGAAACACAGAGAGAAUUAAAGGAUCUGAAAGAAGGAAAGGCUGAAGAUGUUGAAAAGGAUUUAAAACAUUUAGAAGAUGAAAUGUAUGAAGUCAAGAAAGAACUGGAAGCAACUAUGUGUGCAAAUGCUUACACUCAACAGCAUCUGGAAAGUGAUUUAGUUGAAACUAAACAACAACUUCUUGAAGUUCAAGCACAGUUGCAACUUGCUGAAAAAGAAUUAGAGUCCAAACUGAAUCAAACAGCAGCAUUCAAAAAUAUGAAGCAAAUGCUUGCAACAAAAAAUGAACAAAUUAAGAGUUUGAGACAGCAACUUAGCAAAUAUGAAGAAACAAAUGAAGAAGAUUGACUGAGAUAAAAAAUGCAAUGAACCAAUAAUACUUAAAAGAUAAAAAUGUGCAUAAUAUAUGCUUGCUUUUCUAGUCACACUAUUUACCAAUAACUAGUCAUAUUUUAGAACAUAUUUUUGCACAUCCCGUUUAAAACAAAAUGCAUAUAUCUUAUUUUGCAACUAUUUAUCUACAAUAAAUAAUAUGAUAAAAAGUAAAAUAUUGUAUUGUAGCAUAUUGUCAUUUUUUUACAUUGUUUCUUAUUAUAUUAAAAAAUAUUCGACAUUCAUUAACAUUAGGCUUUUA